GGCGAAGCAUGUUGCAACUCAUGUUAAGAAUAAACUCUUUCUAAAAUCUAAAAAAUUCCCAGCUGACACUGCCAACUUUUUCUAAAUAUGCUAAAAUUUCCCACAAAACAGUUGCCAUGGACGAAGCGGAAGCUCACACUGCUUCAACAAUGGCGGAGACAAACCCACAAACGGCGCAAAUCUCCAACCCAUCAGAAGUAGAUGAUCCCGACAUCUACCGUACCACCAAACCUGGUCUCAAGCGCCUCGUCCUCACUCUCUCCGUCGCUUUCUCCUUCCUGUUAGGUUCUCCAUUUCUGCUCAAGUCUAUAGAGAUCUAUCGCUCGCCUCUCCCCUUCCACGACAUAGAUUCGCUGUCGAAGCAAAUCGAAUCCAAGCCUAUUCUGUUCCCUUGCCACUUCCAAGCAGUGUUCUUGGGUUUCGACAACGAGCGCUCGGAUAAUCUCGUUGCGGACAAGCUAGGGUCCGCAAUCAGAGAUGAAAUGACAAAAUUAACUCUUAGAAACCCUCCUUGUGGAUCUUGUCGUGAGAAUUUUACUCUCUCAGUGACUGUUGAUUCUGGGUUUGAUUGUGUGCGGCGCCAGAUCGGUGGGAAAUCGUGUCCGUGGCGAUGUGGUGCUAUUAGUGCCGUCGAUUUUGAUGAAAAUGACGAUGAGCGUGUGGAUGAAUUGUUGAACGAUGCGUUGGGAAGCUGUGCUGGGAGGGUGUACAGUGUGGUGGUGGUGAAUAAGGGUGAGCAGGAGAUUAGGGCUGUGGUGGGGAAGCAUAGGCAUGGGUGGAUUGUUGGGAGUGUUUUGGAGCCGGUGGCAAUGGUGUCAAGGGUGGCGGAGACUUUUGUGAAGGUCUUUGUGUAUGGUGGCAGAGAGGAAGAGGUGAUGCAUGGAGAGUUUAUGCCCGUGGGUGCUGAUGGGAGAGUUGUUCUGUCUUUCAAUCUGCUCAAUGCUGACCCAAAUGACUGGACUUAUGAUUGGGAUUUUCAAAGGGUUGAUGAGAUACUGUUGGCUCCUAUAAUUGAAGCAUUGGGAGCUGUUGCAAACAUUAGCGUGGAAAGUCAGGUUUUAUACCAUACUCCAAGAUCCUCAUUUUCUUAUUGGGACAAUGAGCGGAACAGCUACAUCUUUAGUACCAAAGACCUCCCUUUCUUUAUGAAUUCAAAUGAGUGGCACUUGGAUACUUCCAUUGCAGCUGGUGGGCGGUCAAAGAUUUUGCAAGUUGUUGUUUACAUACCGUCUGCAAAAGAGUGUCCUCUUCUGCUACAGCUUCCAAGUGGAGAAAUUUCCAUCACAAAUGCCUUUAUAUCUCCAAUGUGGGGAGGCAUCAUUGUUUGGAAUCCCCCAGGGUGCUUGAGGGAUCUAGAAAGUAAUUUUCCUACGAUGCAUAGAUUUUCCCAUCAGGAACUCCAGAGGGUCUUUGAAGUUUCAAUGGGGCAGUUAAGGCAAUUAUUUGGUCUUAAAUCUGAUAACCUUUAUGUUGGUGCAUCAGGCACGGCCAAACUUCUAGCUAGUGAAAGAGGCUUUGCAGAAUGGGAAUUGGAUCUGUUGGCUCGGCAUCAUACAUGUUUUAAUCUUAUUUCAUGUUCUACAACCCUUGGAUCUCUUUCAAGAUUGGUCCAAUCACUUCCAAGGAUGAUCAUUAUGGAUGAAAUAGGCAGACAGGUGAAGUUCUCUCUUUUGGCUGCAAAAUUGGCUCAAUCUAAUGCCUCCCUUGGAAUUUAUGAUGCUUCAGCUGUAUCUUCAAGGCUAGCUAGAUCUCUGGCAGAGGAUGCCUUCUCCCACCCGUCAGUCAUGUCUGUCAGCUACUACUCCUUUGAGCAUUGCUUUGCUGUGUACUCGCCAUUCUUUCUGCCCGUUUUGUUGCAUGUCCUCCUUGCCACUGUAAGGGAAUGGAGAAGAUACAAGAAAGAGAGGACAAAGUAUUUCAGGUGGAAGACCAAGAAGAAGGCGGCAUAAUAAUCAUACCCAUAAAGCUGAAAUGCAAUUAGGCAAAGAGAUGUCAGGAUCUCCAAGAGGCAAUGAAGCCAUUGUGAUGACCGAGCUUGCCUGGGAUCUUUUUGAGUAAUAUAUUUGUUCAAUGGUUUGUUUAGAAACCAUGAACUGGCAUAUGCUGCAGCCUUUGUGAUUCUAAGGAGUUGCCUUUUGUUUUUUCCCCGGGAGGAGAUGCAAUUUGAACUCUUGAAUCGGGCCAUUGGAAGGACUACCAUUACCACUGAGCUAAACUUAAAAUCAAGCAGAGAUACUGCAAGUUAAGCUUCUUAUGAGUUUAUCUAUUUCUAGCUUUUAGAUGAGUCCAGUACUCACGAAGCUAAGGAAACUCAGUUGUAAAAGCAUUUCUAUGUACCCUCUUUUCUUUGAAGCAGGAUGUGAGACAUAAAGCUUGAGAACUUGAUUUUGUUGUAUUGCUCUUUCCCAUUAAGCUAAUGAAGGUAAAUUCCUGCUAUAAUUAAAA